UCUCAGCUAUAUCAAUCGUUGAUAUCCCUUUUCACCUUCACUCCCUCGGAUCCGCCGGUUAGAAGACAAACUCCGACGACAAUUUUGCAAAGAGUCACACUGCAGCCUAACAUUUCAGGAACAAUCCCCUCAUCCACCACCAAAAUCCCAACACUUUAGUGCCGGAGCACGGCAAACCCUCUUCGGUACAACGGCCACUCGUACCUUACAUACCAAAGCCAGCCACCCGCCCCUUACCACCGAGCGGCUCAAGAACCCCCUCUAACCCUCUCACACUCUAGACCGCCUCCCCGCUUCUUUCUUUUCGACGCUACCCCACACAAAACCACUCCAACUCCGGACUCAAACCCUUACUAACGCUCGUCUCCACGUGGUUUGACGCGAGCAGUUUGCGUAGUUUGCCCUCUCCGUCGGCCUAUUGUGCCGCGGAGAUGUUAUGUCCACGGUUUUUGUCCGGCUGAGGGAGCACAGAGCUUGCUGUAGCUGCUGUGGUUGGUAGGUACUUUCGGUAAGUAACUGGUUAUUUUUGUCUGUUCUUGAGACAUCCUGGGUAUUCGUCAUAUUCGGACAUACCCGUCCGUUCUUUUCUUCCUUGAGUCUUCCAUUCCGAGUCCGUUUGCUUUCUUUUGCUUUUUAUAUGAUCUCAUCCCCCGUCGCGAGCGAGAAAUAUACGAUACCGCAGAUGUCAUCAGAGCCCUCACCAUGUUCCACUCGAGCAUGUCGCCCGCACCAUACACGACGUCAGCUGGCAGCUCAACGGCCUCUAGCUCAACGUCUUCAAAAACAACUCUCCAAGCCUCACCAUCACCCUCGCCAUCACCCUCGCCAUCACCGUCAAUCUCGCCCUCACCAUCACCAUCCCCCUCACCCUCACUCUCACCCAUCCCCCCACCCUCACCUACACACCAACCCCGCCGCACCCCCUUCGACAUAGACCACCACCUCAACCCCUAUCUACCUACCCCCCGCCUCCACCUCCUCCCCCGCCCCCUCGCCCACCUCCUCGGCCACCGCCCCCACCUCCACCACCCCCCUCGCACGCUCCUCACCACUCUCCUCGCCCUCCUAGGAACCUUCACCGGCCUCGCUCUCGCCACUUUACUCUUCCACAUCCUCCCCUCCCUCUCUGCGGCUACGGAUGCGAAUCCCCUUAUCAUCGCUUCGCUGGGCGCUACUGCGAUACUGUUGUACUCCACCCCCGCCUCGCCCCUCGCGCAACCGCGGCCGUUGUUGUUGGGACAGGCGAUAUCAGCCACAGUCGGGAUUCUAAUCACGCUCGCCUUCCGCUCUCUCGGCCAUGAGGAAUUCGAACGCCUGAGAUGGUUAGCAGGCGCCCUAGCUGUCGCGAUAGCGGCGGCGGUGAUGUCUUUUACGAAGACCGUCCACCCCCCCGCCGGCGCAACGGCGUUGUUGGCUGUUACGUCAGACGAGAUUAUAGAGCUGGGCUGGGGGUUGGUGGCACUGAUUGAGGUGGGGUGUGCGGCGAUGAUGGUGGUGGCGCUGGUGUGGGGGAAUCUGCACAAGGGGAGGAGGUAUCCGGUGUUUUGGUGGACGGAGAUGGAGUUGGGGGAGGUGGAGGAGGGGGUGGUGGAGAAGGAGAUGGAGGAGGGGAGGGGGGAGAGGGUGGUGGUGUUGCCGAGGGGGUUUGUGUUGAGUGAGGGGGAGAGGGAGGUUUUGGAGAGGAUUGAGGGGAGGGUUGCUGCUGCUGCUGCUGCUGCUGCUGCUGCUGCUGUGAAGGGGGGGAUGGGGGUGAAGGUUGUGCCGUGAUGGAGGGAUGAUUGAUGAAUGACUGGCUUUAGACGAGCACGGAUGGAAGGCUGUGUGUGGUAGACGGACUAGACGGGUGGUGGGAUAGACCUGAAGAGAUUAUAUACGACAUGGCUAGACGGACGACUAGACAAAACGGCGGUUUAUACGGCAUCGAUAUACGGCAGACCAGAUACGACGGCAGAUUUACAUGGCAUGUUAGACGGCAGACAUGGCGAAAAUAUACAUGAGCGGACAGUACGCCCAGAAUGGGGUACCAGGCCGGAUGACGAUACACGACAUUUACAGAAACGAACACCUACAAAAUUUGAGCAUUAAAAGCGGGCAGGGAAAAAUGGCAGCAUAUGGAAGGCGUUUUGGGAAUUUAAAAUAUUGCUUUAGCAUAGGCGUACAUAGAUAAUACGCGGCGCGGAAAAAGGGGAAGAGACGCCCCACUCAAGCAGGUUUACAGCUUCACAGCGACGAAACCAAUGUUCACAUGAAGCAGAACCGAGAGAAGCGGU